AAUCGGGGAGCAGAGAGCAGGGUCGAGGGGGGGAUCGGGGUGAGCAGCCCCGACGGUGCGGCGGCGGCUCUUGCCGGCUGGAGCGCACGAGCUGCGUCGCAGGAGGCGCGCAUGGUGGGGAGAGCGCGGCUCCCCCAAGCCCGGGCGCAGCAGCACAUGGCGGAGCCGAGGCCGCCCCCGAUGCGCCUGAAGGAGUGGCUCGUCGCGCAGGUGGACAGCGGCCGCUACCCGGGGCUGCGCUGGGAGAACGGCGAGAAGACGCUGUUCCGCAUCCCCUGGAAACACGCGGCCAAGCAGGACUACCGGCAGCAAGAAGAUGCGGCGCUCUUCAAGGCCUGGGCCGUCUACAAAGGCAAGUACCACGAAGGGCUGGACAAAGCCGACCCCUCCGCUUGGAAGACCCGCCUGCGCUGCGCCUUGAACAAAAGCACCGACUUCAAGGAGGUACCCGAGAGAAGCCAUCUGGACAUCUCAGAGCCCUACAAGGUGUACCAGAUCCUCUCGGAUGCGUCCCAAGAAACAGAUAAGGAAAAUAGCAAAGAGCCCCUUCUGCAGGCAAGGCAGCCCCCAACGUCGGCACACCAAGAGACCAGAGAAAAUGGAAAACCAAACAAGGUCAGAACACCUUCAGAGUCAGGCCAGGCCAGCAAGGAUGAGCCACUGGUGACCCUCCAGAGCGCCCCAGGGACACCCCAGGCCCCGCAGCAGCCAAGCCACGGAGAGCACCAGGGGUACCAGGUGAAAGGUUUUUUCUACAGCUGUAACCUGGCGCACUUCCACUGCCAUCCGAGCCCCACCGCUGCCGGUCCCAAUCCCCAGUACGCUGACAAUCAAAACACCAACUCGGACUGCUGGCUCCGCGUCCGCCUCUACUACUGCGACACGUUGGUAAAGGAGGUCACCACCAAAACGGCGGAGGGCUGCCGGAUCACCUAUCGCCCGGUUCCGGCGGACAACGUGUGCCUUUAUGGUUCAAGCGGCCUGGAGCAGGUGCUCUUCCCAUCUCUGGAUGCCUUGGCCGGGAGCAGCCAGGGCGGCAGAUUAACCGGGGCAUUGCAGAGGCUGCUUCCCCACCUGCACCGGGGAAUCCUGCUAUGGAUGGCCCCCGAAGGGGUUUUCAUGAAACGGCAGUGCCAGGGCAGGGUGUACUGGAAAGGGCCACUGGCCCCCCACGAAAACCAGCCCAACAAACUGGAGAGGGAGAAAACCUACAAGCUCCUAGACACUCAGGAGUUCCUGCAGCAAUUACGGGGCUUCCUGAUCCACGGACAUGCUCCGCCUCAGUAUCAGAUCUGCUUCUGCUUUGGGGAGGAAUAUCCUACUGCUCCUGACCAGAAACCCCACAAGCUCAUCAUGGCGCAGGUUGAACCGGUGUUUGCUCAUGAUCUCUGCCUCCACGCCCAGCAGCUGGGGCCUCGGUUCCUGCAGGACUCUCACACGGGCAUUCCUGACGUUCCCAAGAACAUCAUCCAGAUCCUGAAACAGCUGUGCCCGCCUUGAAUCUGCCGGAAGAGGCAUCCUUGGCUUGGUGGCUGAAGGACAAGGGACUUGCGGGCCUUAGGGUUCAUAGAAUCGUAGAAUUGGAGAGAUGGAGGGGACACCAAAGGUCAUCUAGCCCAACCCUCUGCGAUGCAGGAAUCCGGCAGAGAAGAAAUCUUGGUGCCUCUCCUGACUGUCCUGGUUUAGUCACCUGGGUGAUCUGCCCCUGCUAUGCUAUCUAGAGUGCCUGACUGGCAUGCACUAAAAAGCUUGUUUGAAUAGAGGGGUUUAUUUUUCACAAGCCCAGAUGAUGUUUCUUGACUGUCCCAUUUCAGAAGCUCACAUCUGAAAUGCACACAUAACAGGGUUCUAGCCUAGUUUUCACACUGCAACACUUCUGGUUGGAAUUUUUUUUUCCUGCAUAGCAUCUUGUCCACACAGAGCCUGAAGUGGUACAGCUCAGAGGCAAAUCCUCAGUUUGGAAGGACAGUCCGCUGUUUUGAGGUGUCCUCUGUUUGAGGGUCGCCCAGUCCAAGUGUGGUUUAAAGGUCAGGAACCCUAAGAAGGGGGGGGCUUGAAUUUGCCCACCUUGCCAGCACCCUGAGCAGGCAAGACAGAAGUUACCUGGGCAGUUGAUACCCCAUCAUGGUCAGGCACACUGUAUUUCUAUUUAAAUUACAGCAGUCAUUUCUACAUUUCAUGCUAUAGCCACAAAAUUACCAUCAUAAUAUUUUUGUUAUUUAUAUGCUUGACUGGGCUGCUCCCGACAAAAUCUUAAAAACACAAUAAAACAUCCACCAUUAAAAAUUGGCCUGUACAGGGCUGCCUUCAGCUGUCUCAGUAUGCAAACCACUGUCCUCUUUGUUUCCCCCAAGCAUUCAGGCAGCACCAACGACGGGAUAUUUUCACUCUGGGUGUGCUUUUAAUGUCUUUAUGCACUCUUAUUGCAGUCUUUUAUUCUUGUCAUAAAUUGGCUAGGGAGUUCUUGUCCUGGGAAGCGAUUUGCAAAUUCAGUCGACCAACCCUAGCCUUCUCUAAGGCACAUUCUCACUGUGCUUUUGUCCUCUUGAAAUACAUUGAGCAAAUCUCAGUGUGGUUUGGUUUGGAGCGGCCUUUCAAGCAAUCCAGCGAG